UGUUAGUAUGGCAACUUCGUAGACGAUUUACGGCUCUAUGUGAAAGGAGGAACUGGUGGAAUGGGUUAUCCUCGCCUAGGUGGGGAAGGAGGAAGAGGCGGUGAUGUCUGGUUCGUCGCCAGAGAAAGAACUACCUUAAAGAGCAUUAGGGACAGAUAUCCCCAGAAGCGAUUUGUAGCUGGAGCGGGAGCCAACAGCAGGGUUGAAGCACUAAAAGGUGAAAAAGGAAAAGACUGUGAAGUUCAUGUGCCUCUGGGAAUUUCAGUUCUUUGUGAUGAUGGCAAGCAGAUUGGAGAGCUUAAUGCAGCAGGAGAGAGAUUCCUGGCAGCUCGCGGAGGUCUCGGAGGCUCUUUGGCCACAAACUUCAUGCCUUGCAAAGGUCAGAAGCGAAUUGUUCGUCUUGAUUUGAAACUUAUAGCAGAUGUUGGCUUAGUUGGGUUUCCAAAUGCGGGAAAAUCAUCCUUGUUAAGCAAGAUUUCUCAUGCCAAACCUGAGAUUGCAAAUUAUGCGUUUACAACAAUACAGCCUGAACUAGGAAAGAUCAUGUAUGCAGAUUAUAAGCAGAUUUCAGUAGCUGAUCUCCCAGGACUGAUUGAAGGUGCACAUGCAAACAAAGGGAUGGGCCACAAAUUUCUCAAACAUGUAGAAAGAACCAAACAGCUUCUCUUAGUUGUUGAUAUUUCUGGGUUUCAACUGUCUAUUAAGACUCACUUCAGAACAGCCUUUGAAACUAUACUGCUUCUAACAAAGGAACUGGAGCUGUACAAAGAGGAACUUCUAACAAAGCCUGCACUUCUUGCCAUUAAUAAAAUGGAUUUGCCUUGUGCAAAGGAUAACUUAAAUGAACUUACGAAACAACUACAGAAUCCUCAAGACUUCUUACACUUGCUACAGGAAGAAAUGAUUCCUGCAAAUAUGCUUGAAUUCAAAGAUAUAAUUCCUAUAUCUACAUAUACUGGGGAAGGAAUUGAGGAACUAAAAGCACGUAUAAGAAAAUCCAUAGAUGAGGAAGCAGAGCAGGAGAAUGAAGAAUAUCAGAAAAAGAAACUACUACUUUUACAAACUUCAGAAGAAGAACGAAUGAAUAGAAGCUAGCAUUCUUGACUGGAUCCAACGCA